UGCGAACUUAUUCGAACCGGUUGUGUUAAAGAAGCUCCCGCCGUUUAAAAUCAUUAUCUUGUAUAAAUACAGUGUUUUUACGUGCAAAAGUUGUAUUGUUUUGAAGCUCAGUGAUCGGGCGAGCGAUUAGUGACAUUGAAUUUAAAUAAUAUACAAUAACUAAAUAUUUACGGUGAAUAAUAAAUUACCUAGUGAACAUAGCAAACUACUUUUAUGUGCGGGUCAGUCGGUUACAAAAAUAAAUAGUCAUCGAGUUCAUGACUCACUAAUCUUGGUGACAAUAAACAACUGUCAUUAUAUAUUUUAAUUUCGUCAAACUGCGUAUACCAACUUUGGCUCAGUGGGAAACCUCGCAGGGUCGAUUCGCAGUGCCCGUGUUCAAAUCUCGGUGCGGCAUAUAAUAUAAUUGUCUUUUUUUUUCUCUAAAUCACACAUUUUGUUGUGUUUUCCAUUUUUUAUAAAAAACUUUUUUUUUUAUUACACUUUUUUUGUGUUUUCCAAUUAUAUUCAUAUAUUUUUUUUCUAUACGUUUUGUAAGAUGGAGCUAAGCAGAAGGUGUGCCGGAUGCUUAAAAAACAUUGAUAGCCGACAAUUUCUUACUUGUAGUAUUUGCAAACAGGACUAUGAUCUCACUUGCGCAAACGUCUCGGAACAGCGGUUCUUUAAUACUCUGACAGCUGAACACAGAACAGCGUGGAAAUGCCCAUUAUGCGUCUGCAGGCAGCCCCGCGCGGACAACAGCAACACUCCAGUCCGCGGUGCGACUGAGGGUGUCACACUGCGCCGGGGCGCCGCGGCGCUGAGUCCCUCCGACCACGCAGGGGAUGUCUCCAUAUCGUUACCUGUGUCCGAGCUGAACACUACAGCUCUAAAUGAGACAAUGGAGAUAACCGACGUCCAGGCGCUGCUUUACGAGCUGCGCCAGUUCAGAGACGAGUAUAGAGAGGAUAGGGCCGCUGAUAGAAGGCUUAGCGAAAUCCUCACCGAAUCUUUGACCAAAGUUAACCUGAGGCUGGAUGAAAGUGACAAAAGGUAUGAACAGCUUCAAGCGCGGGUGGAUAGUCUCGAACAGCAGAUGAAGUUGCAGACUGAAGCACGGCCUUUUGUAGCGACCGAUGUCGAGCAGUCUCUCAAAGAAUCGAUUGCUAACCUGAAGGCUGAGCUCAACGAGCGAGAUCAGGACCUCCUGCUCAAUGAUGUGGAGAUAACAUGCAUAGUGGAACAGCCAGGGGAGAGUCUACAACAUAUCGCGAUAACGCUGGCAGAUAAGCUGGGUGUGAAGCUGAAGAGCGAGGAUCUGGUGAGCGUGUCCCGUGUAGGGCCUCUGGUCGCGCGGUCUGGUGCGGCGGCGGCGGUGCCGGCGGGCGGGCAGGGUCCGCGGCCGGUUGUCGUGCGGCUGGCCCGCCGGGCGCUUCGCGACGAGCUCAUUCGGGCGGCGCGCGUGCGCCGCGGCGCUACGACUGAGGGCACUGGACUCCCUGGGCCUGCCCGCCGAUUCUUCAUCAAUGAACGGCUGACAAAAGUCAACCGUCACCUAUUUCGUCGAGCUCGUGAACUUGCCACGCAAUACAAGUGGCGUUUUGCCUGGACAAGAGAAGGCCGUAUCUACGUUCGGCAACACCAGGCACCGGACUCGCCUCGCAUCCGUAUUCGCAAUGAUCAGGAUCUUAAUGGUGUUUUUGGACUGGGCGUCGUUUGUUCUACUGGUCAAUAAAAAUUUGUUUGUUGGGUCUUAUUCAGUGAAUUUCUGUUAUUCUCUAUUAUUUACUUUAGAUUUUGGUUUUUAUUUUGUAUAUCUAAAAA